UUCAGCUUCAGCUACCAUUCGCGCUUGAUUUCUUCCCGGCAGGAAACACAAAGUCACUGCGCGGGGCAGAACUGUAUUCGACUCCUUCGCAAGUUGAUAUUUACGCUCCUUACUCUUUUUCAUUUGUUGCCCGCUCUUACGACCCCGCUUUUUGAGUCCCGGUCCUGACAUGACCGUCACUGUUUUGACUACCUCUACCACCAAGACGAAACGUCGCGAACCGUUACUGGCCCUUGAUAUGGCAACGUCCCAGGCGCAGGCGCGUCCUGCCGCGCCUGGAAGAAGCUCGGGGAGGAGAACGAGCGCGCGAUUGAGUUUGAAUAAGCAGGAUCGGGGUGAGGAGAAGCUGAGUGCUGCGGAGAAGAAACGGAAGGCUGUAUUCGAGGAGGAUAUCGAGGGGUUUCAGUUCUCGCGCAUCACGACCAAAAAAGCUAAGCCAUCAGAGUCUAAGAAGGUACCGUCACCUGUCCCGGAAGAGCCGGCACAACCGUCACCGAGGCGAGGUCGACCGCCGAAGAAGCGGGUAGAGGAGAAGAAGACGGAGGUUACGGAGGAACCGAAGAAACAGGCUGAAGGGACUGGGAAGAGGAGAACGAGAGGCGCUGCGAAAGAUUCAGUAGCUCCGGUCGAGCCUGCGCCUGAGCCGGAACCGCAACCACAACCACAGCAACAGCAACAGCGUGCUACACGCUCAACACGAAAACACGACCAAGUCGAGACAGUGCCGUUGGAGAAGAAGCGGAGGAAAGGCAGGCCGAGUAACUCGAAGACCGAUGCACUUCAACAGGAGCAGCCUCAACCGCAACCGCAACCACGCAAUGGCUUUGUGUCUCCAGAGCCGCAACAGUCCGGAACUGCUACUACAAUUGCGCUGCCGUUGGCGGAUACGCCAGUCAUUCAGCGCAACAAGGAGAUGCGGGGAAAGAAAUCCGUGAAAGGAGGGAAUCGACGGAGCAGUCUCGGGAUGAGAGGACGGAGAGCCAGCUCACUGAUUGACUCGGGGGCGUCUAAUGCAUUACCGCACAAGAAGGUUGAUACUGCAGAUUUCUACAAGCAUAUCGCGGCUGAUCUGCCGGAGCCUCGGAGGAUGCGUCAGCUCCUGAUAUGGUGUGGCACGCGAGCAAUGGGUGAUAAGCCAUCUGGGUCGCGCUCAGAAGACGAGAGCGCCCGGUUAGCCGCGCGAGUCAUUCAGGAGGAGCUGCUGAAGGAGUUCUCUAGCAACUCGGAGCUUUCCAACUGGUUUGGAAGAGAGGAUGCUACCCCUCCUACUCUGGUGGUCAAGAAGGAGAACCCAAAGAAUAUCCAAAACGCGGAGAAGAUCCAGGAAUUGGAAGAGCAAAUACAAAGGCUGCAAAAAGAGCGACAUGCUCUCAAUGCACUCCUACGGCCAGCAGACAUCCCUCGAAUCAAGCCUGCACCACCCGAACAACCCGACUCCGACUCCGUUCCAUUAUCACAACCAUCACCGCCCGAACAAAUCGACCUGUCUCUAUUAGCUCCGUCGCAACGAGAAAUCUUUGCACAACUAAACCCCGAAGCCGCCAAACAACAACAACCAGAUACCCAGCCCAUGGAAACCGAGCCAGCAGGGCCCGGACCAAACCUUCUACCCCAAAUGUCACCCUCUACCGUCUCCACCCGACUCUCUCGCAUCACCAACUCACUCGCACCGACCCUCGACUCCCUCGCCGCUGGCAUCCACGACAUCGACCUCUACCGCACCAUGUCCGAUACAGUCUCGACCCGCAUCCUCCGCAUCUGCGCCGAGCGCCUCGACGAGCGCGACGCACGUCGUCGACUCGUGACAGCCGAAACCAGCGCCGACGAAACCAACAACCGUCAAGACCUCAGCCUCCGACCACGACCCCGAGAAGACCUCGGCGUGAUUCUGGGGGCGUUGAGCCGGGUAGAGCGUCGUUCGACGUAGUCUCGGUAUCAAUCACAUAGGAUGACGCUUGUUACUAUACAUAUCCAUGAAAGGGAGGGACGGGAGCGGUUCAUUACAACCUGUUAUGUCAUGUAUUUGCGGACUGGGCUGUGCAGGGCAGGGCAGGGACUAGCCUUGGCGUUUGAUAAAUUCUAAUUUCGUUUUG